AUGAAGGUCCUCCUGAUGCUGGGUUUCGCGAGUAUCGCCUAUUCGUUGAACUGUUUCCAACAUCAACAGAACGCUUACAUCAGAGUUCUGCUGCCGCCAAAGCCUUGUCCAAGGGAAGCGGUGUCGUGUUUUAAGGUUGUGAAUCAUGUGACAAACCUGGCUACGAGAUCCUGCUCGUUGACUCCUUGUUUGGUAAGUUAAUUUUUAAAAUGGUCACAAUGCCUAUACGACUGUUAAAAAAUUUCGUUGAUAAUUGUGAUUAAGGUUUUUUUGGGUGAAAGAAACUUUUAAAAAGGCGUGAUGUGAAACCUGGAGCCUUUAGAAAAAAUGGCCAUAUGAAAUUUGUUUUAGCUCUCAUUGCUUCGUUUUUGAUAACCUCCACCCAAGCAAUGCUCUGAUAUUAUAAAAGACAAAUGUAAGAUAUUCAGUUAGGCCUUACGUUAGAAGAGCGUAAUCUCUCUUUGCAAAGAUAUUCAAAAUUAAGGAAAAACGAUGACUAAUCACAUAGCGUCUCCUCAAAUCCCGCAUGCACGCAUGUCCUCCUAAAAGUCAUACAUCUACCCUCAAACUCCUUUUGAACAUCAUUUCUUCCUAUAUGUAUUGUCAAACCAUUCCACUUCCCGCUAAUAUAGACCCUUCUUUUCAGUCUAACGGAAUAAACUCAGCCACCGAACUGUGUGUCAAACAAGGGGACCUCUCACUCUGUUGCUGUAUCAACAAUAAUUGCAAUGGAAACUUCGCCAAAUGGGAGAACAUAACCAACCAUUAA